AAAAAUGUGACAAACAAUACAAACGAUAAACCGAAAGUCAAUAAAACGAGACAAUUGAAUGACAAGACUUUGCACCGACAGCCACCCUGGCAUAUUACCCUGAGCUGUUAUCUCAGUUUUGCAAUUCUUAUAUGCUUUGGAUAUCUGCGAGACUUUUUGACAUACGUUGGCUUAUAUACCAAUAAAACGAUUGUGGAGUCAAACAGACAAGGCUAUACCAGUUUGUACGGCACUUUCCAGAGCUUCUUCACCCGACAUGUUUACCGGAGAGCAGCCGAUGCUUUCAGUCAACCUAUCAGUUCAGUACCGGGAGGGAAACUGUGCAUUCACAUAGAGUUAGAAGAAUUAUUUGCCAAGUAUCUAGGCGUUGAAUCUGCUGUUGUAUUUGGUAUGGGUUUUGCCACAAACUCAACAAAUAUAGCAGCGCUUGCAGGAAAGGGAUGUCUUAUUUUAGGCGAUCAACUGAAUCACGCAUCACUUAAAUCUGGAAGUUAUAUAUCGGGCGCCACUUAUCGCACAUUUCGCCACAAUAAUAUGAAUGAUUUGGAGGCAAAAAUCAGAGACUCCAUUGCAAUGGGAGAUACAAAGACUGGACUUAAAUGGAAAAAGAUUGUUAUAAUUGUUGAAGGGGUGUAUAGCAUGGAGGGAACGAUAGCUAAUUUGCCGGAACUCAUAAGACUGAAGAAGAAAUACAAGUGCUAUCUCUAUGUAGACGAAGCCCAUAGUAUAGGUGCCAUCGGACCCAAUGGUCGCGGAAUUACCGACUUUUAUGGUUGUGAUGCCAAUGACAUUGAUUUACUGAUGGGAACAUUGACUAAAAGUUUUGGAGCGUCGGGAGGUUAUAUAGCCGGUCGCCGGCAUAUCAUAGACCACAUCCGCACUCAUACUCACAGCUCGUACGCCACGAAUAUGUCGGCGCCGAUCGCACAACAAAUUAUAUCAGUCAUCAAAAUACUGAUGGGAGAAACGGACGGAACGGAUGGUAUUGAACGAAUCGAUAGAUUAUCUAAAAACACAAAAUAUUUUCGCAAAAGACUUAAAGAGAUGGGAUUCAUAGUGAUGGGCGAUCCCGAGUCACCUGUUAUUCCGAUUAUGCUAUACUUUCCGUCAAUGAUAUCACCAUUUGUACGGAUGAGUAUGGAGAGAGGUAUAGCGACUGUAGGUGCUGGAUAUCCGGCCACUACUCUCACCACAAGUAGAAUCAGAUUCUGUAUGUCUUCGGCACAUAACCAACAAAUGCUUGAUAAGGCUCUUCAAGUGAUUAGUCAACUCGGAGAUGAAUUCAGUAUUAAAUAUCUUAAGAGUUAGUGAACACUAAAUAAUUCAAAUAAUGAUAAUUUAUCGAAAUAAAGAAUGUAAUUCUUAUCUAGAUCACAAUUCUUAUUAAUUAGCUGGUAAUUAAUUGUUUUAAUGGCAAUUGUUUGUUGUAUUUUUGAAGAAUUAAUAAAACAGAAAUAAAGCCCUGAAACUAAAUUAUGAAAA